AUGCAAUCACCUAGUUGACUCUAUUGUUGACAAACAUGGCGCUCCACUCCUUUUCCUGGUCGCCAUUGCGCACUCUCGGCUCGACCUUCAACUCCGUGUCUACUCGUCGCUGGAAUUCGACUACUGCCUCAAAUGCUGCUCCCAACGCUGAGCGGACUCUAAAUCGCGGUUACACCAGCAGUAAAAGGCGCAUCCUGAACCGAAAAAGGUUUAUUGAGAACUCUAAGGACGCGAGCGAAAGCCGCCCAUUGGAGAAAUUCAUGACUCGUGAAUGGAGGGCCGGUGAUGUUCAUGCUCCUCACGACUUGAGUCCUGCGGAGAUGAGCAAAUGGAGAAACAGCGUUGGCCCGUCCACUGAUAUCUUUGACGCUCUAAAACUGAAUCCCCUACACAUGUAUAAGAACUUCACGAUCAUGUCCGAAUUCAUGUCCAACAUGGGCCGGAUCAAGCACAGCAGGGAGACUGGUUUGCGUCCAGUUAACCAACGCAAAAUGGCCAAGGCCAUCCGCAGGGCAAUUGGACUCGGGCUGAUGCCCAGUGUUCACCGACACCCAGAAAUUCUGGCCGCCCGCGCUAUGGCUCGUUCGGGGCGAGGUAGCGUGUUCUGAGUGAUCGGCUUCUACUCAGUAAUUAUCGCAUUGAUGGUGUCGAUUGGGUCUGGCUUGUAUUUAUAUUCCCU